AUGAAGGCUGGUGUGGGCAGCAGGGAAUCUGGGUUGUGGGAAUCGGAGCUGGGUAUUGCUGUGGAAAGAUUAAAAGAAGGGCCGGAAUUAAGUGGGCUUGAACAGGGAGCCACGGCUGGAAGCGGAUAUGGAGUGGCGACGAAAGCCGAUGCAGAGGAACCGAGAGACAGUGAAGACAUUGUGGUGGCACUUAUUUUUAGUGUUCUGUUACAGAUCAUUGAUAAAGAAAUCAAUCCUUUUGUUGAGAAAUGGGAAGAGGCAGAACUGUUUCCAGCUCACAGAAUUUUCAAAAUCCUAGGCAACAGCGGUUUUCUUGGAGUAAACAAGCCAACAGAAUAUGGAGGACUUGGAUUGGACUUCAGCUACAAUAUUGCAGUGUCUGAGGAGCUGGGUAACAUUCGUUGUGGAGGGAUUCCUAUGGCCAUAGGGGUUCAGUCCGACAUGGCAACCCCAGCACUAGCAAGGUAUGGCUCAGCAGAGCUGAAAAAGGAGUUUCUUCAACCGACUAUUGCAGGAGAUAAAGUGGUGUGUCUUGGUGUGAGUGAAGUUGGAGCUGGCUCUGAUGUUGCAAGUAUCAAGACUAAAGCUGUGAGAAAAGGUGAUGAUUACAUAAUAAAUGGUGGGAAAAUGUGGACCACAAAUGGGACUCAAGCUGACUGGAUGUGUCUUCUGGCAAAUACCAGCGAUGGACCGCCUCACAGAAACAAAUCCCUAAUCUGUCUGCCAAUGAACUUGCCUGGGAUUCACAUCACUAGAAAAAUUAGUAAGAUCGGCAUGAAGUCAUCUGAUACUGCAGAGAUCUUUUUUGAUGAUGUCCGUGUUCCUUGCAAAAAUCUCAUCGGGGAGGAAGGAAUGGGUUUCACAUACCAAAUGCAACAGUUUCAGGAAGAGCGUUUGUGGGGAGUGGCCAAUAUUUUGACACCAAUGCAGACUGUAAUUCAGGAAACCAUUGAAUACACCAGACAGAGGAAAACUUUCAACCAGCCAAUCCUCCACAACCAAACAGUUCAUUUUCGUUUGGCAGAACUGGAAACGGAAGUGGAACUUCUUCGCUCGCUCCUCUACCGCGCCACUGCUAUGUAUGUGAACGGUACUGAUGUAACCAAGUUGGCUUCAAUGGCUAAACUGAAGGCAGGGCGUUUGGCGCGUGAACUGAGCGACAGCUGUCUGCAGUUCUGGGGAGGAAUGGGGUUCACCAGUGAUGUUUUUGUCAGCAGGUUCUACAGGGACUCAAGGCUGAUGUCCAUAGGAGCUGGUGCAGAUGAAGUCAUGUUGUCUAUUAUAUGCAAGUACAUGGAAACUCUCCCAGGCAAGAAGUAAAUUCAGCCAAACAAACACCACACUAACAAUAAUCUACCAUUGCUAAUGGUAGAUUACAAAGAAAUCUUAUAACUGUCAAUGGUUUUGUUUUUCUUCUUUUCAGUAUAUGCAUGUACUACCAGUUUUAAAAGGUUGUGUAAUAGUGCCACUCUGUAAGGGUUAAAAUUUGUUAUUAAAAGUUUGUGUUCAAAUGUGAAGAGAAUCCAAAAAAUCCAAAAUGCUUUAAAAUAAUGAAUGUGUUAAGUGGUUUGAGAAUGUAACUGUAUAUUUUGUUUGAAUAAUUAUUUCCAUUGCAUUUCCUCCUAACUUAAAGACGAAUAACUAGAUGCGAAGCACUUCUUUCAAGCUAACCUGAAGGUACAGUUAAUUAAUAACCCUUCUGUAUAACACAUAUUCCUUUCCACUAAGUUUUAGCAAGUCUGAAUACAGGAUGAUUCAUGAAGUAAGUAGGCCACUUUAGCAUGACAUUAAUUAUUAAGUGUACAACUUGCAGCACACAGUCAGGGCAGCAUGGGUAAAGAAAUCCAAUAGGGCCCCAUGUGGUCAUGGAGAACAUCACCAGACAUACAGUAGAUCCCAUGCUGUAUUUUAAAAUGUUGAUAAAUUAAGACUUUUGACCUGUUGAUCCUUACCACAUACAAUCUAUUGAAGUAAAUUAAGGCAUCAUGUUGAUUGAAAUAAACUGUUGAAAUCCCA